AUGCGUACUAUUAUCAGCGUUGACCCUAACGGGAAGCCUCUGGCACAACCGCACAUGCACACACGAUGGCAUCCCGACAUUCCGCCAGUUGCAACCGUGAAUGUCGGCGAGGCGUUCAAAGUGGAGUGCAUGGACUUCUCAGGCAACUCAAUAUCCAAUGAUGACUGUGCGGACGAUGUGCUUGACUACUGCUGGGACCAAGACCAUCAUCUAUCUGGGCCAAUCAGAAUAGAGGGUGCGCAGGCUGGAGAUCUUUUGCAUGUUGAAAUUAUGGACGUCCAGCCAUUCCCUGAGCGCCCAUGGGGAUUCUCGAUGAUUGAGCCCGGUGCAGGUCCCCUGGAUAAAAACCACACACGUGUGGCGAAAGCUAUCUGGGACUUUGAGGGCGCAAUAACUUCAUCGCGGCACAUCAAGGGUGUCUCAUUCCAAGGACGACCGCAUUGUGGCGAAAUAGGCACUGCACCCUCUGCUGCACUGCUCGAGAGUUGGACUGAUAGAGAGAAGGCCUUGAAUCAUCGAUUUCGUUCCCAUGGAGCCAUUUGUGCGAACGAACCUAGCAAAAGAGGUGCAUAUGUCGGUCAGGAGCUUCCUUCGGAUCUCGCGCAGAAGAUUCGACUGCAUGGUGCCAGAACUACUCCGGCUCGGGAAAAUGGAGGAAAUAUAGAUUCGGGUACUUUGACCAGUGGCGCCAGUAUAUAUCUUCCUAUAUAUGUUGAUGGUGCCAAUCUAUCCGUGGGGGACCUCCAUUUCUCCAUCGGCGAUGGUGAACCAACAUGCGCGAUAGAAAUGGCUGGAAUCAUGACGAUAAAAUGUCAUAUUAUCGCUGCGGGGAUGGACACACUGGGUUUUACAGCGCCUGUGGUAAUUCCCAGCGUCGUUGACCAUUUUUACCAAGCUCGACUUGCUUUCCAUGGACUUUCUGUUAGCGACCAGGGCAUGCAACAUCUAUCCAAUCCAAUGACCGGUUAUAUUCAAGCCGCUUCGGCAGCUAUGAAAUAUCUCCAACGCUUUGGAUACUCCCACGAACAAGCUUAUAUCCUGAUGGCUUGCGCGCCUAUCGAGUGUCGGCUCUUGGCGACACCUAACAUCCCAACCGCCAAUGUUUCAGUUGCCUUGCCUCUGGGCAUUUUUAAUGCAGACCUCCGUCCCAGCUCCACCAACCCGGUGGUACACGAUUAUGGCUCGGUUGCAUAUUUGAGCGAAGAACGUGAAAAACUGCACAACACUCGUCAUCCGGGCCCCCCGUCACCAUUUUGUCUCGAGGCAUAG